ACCAAAGAGCUUGAAUGCAGGUGGUAAACUGGGUGCAAAGAGCAAUAUCAUUUACAUCUGUGAACUUUUUUUUUUAAUCAAUGCUAAUGGAUUAUUGAGUGGAUACAUCGUUUUUCAAUGGCUGAUUUAAAUCCCUGAUCACAAGUGACUGUUUUCACCUUCUUGGCACCACAGUAACAUGGGGAAUGAAACCUCAAAAGCAAGAAACCAAAAUGCCUUGGAUGAGGGGGAUGACCCACUUUUUAAGGAGCUACACCUUGUGAUUAUUGGAAGUCAUGGUUCUGGGAAGAAUGAUAUAGGAAAUGCCAUUUUAAGAAAAAAAGCAUUUACAUCUCCGUCAUUCUUUGCAAAACAUUAUGUAAAGAAAGAACGCACUGUGUUUGGAACAAAAGUAACUAUAGUGCGUGCUCCUGGUUGGUCAGGAGAAUUGGACUCACAUGAAAAUCACAGUGAAUUAAAACAAGAGAUUAAAGAUGCAGUGAAUUCAUUUGAAAAGGGACCUCAUGCAAUCAUUCUGGCCAUUAAAUGGAAUUCCAACCUUACACAAACUACACAAGCUACCCUGGAGAAACUCCUUACUAGAAGAUUCUGGGAACACACCAUCAUCAUCUCCAAAGAGGAUCUCAAAAAGACAAACAAUGAAAAUAUUGAUUCCCUGAUUGAAGAGCUCAACAACAGAUACUGUCAACUGCCAAAACGUUCCAGCUUAAGGAACAGUAAAAAGCUGAUUGAAGACAUAGCACUGAUGAUUGCGGAAAAAGAAAAUGUUCCACUUCAUUUCCCUGUAAAUGAAAAUGAGAAACAUGAUGAAUCACAUGAAAAGAACAACCUUUUACAGAGUGUAAGACAAAAAAUCCAAACACUUGAAGAACUUGAUGCAAAGGCAAUAACUGACAGGACUAUGGCAAGAAAGAGCAUAAAACGACUACAGAAUAUAGGGAGAAUAUAUGAAAGUUUUGAUUUAGAUUCUACUCUACUUGCUGAGCCUAAAUGUGAGGGAAGACCCACAGAAGAAGAUGAACAACAAGAAGAAAAAGAAGAAGAGGAAGAAGAAGAAGAAAAAGAAGAAAGCACAGUUCAAGCAACUGCCGAAAUCCAUCCUAAAGAAGCAUCAAGGCAUCUGGGUUGUGCUGAAAUGACAUCUACUAUUGAUGCAUCCCAAAAUGCAACUGAAGUAAAUAGUAAUUUCAACUGUAAGUAUCAAAUCAGUAUCAGAGAAAUAUAUACUAUGGAGAAUUCUGCAACUUCAAUAAAAUUAAUAUCAGUUUGUAAUCAUUCUGUUCGAGCACCUAGGGCCAUAUCAACUAGGGCUUUAUCAAGCUUUUUUCUGUUUAGUCUUGCUGUCUUAUAACGCAAUUGUCUCUAAACAUGCAAUUGUGCCUGUUCUCCUUCAGGGAAACCUUCUGUAAGCACUUAUAGUGAGGAUGAUCU